AUGAACGCUCACGCUUGUCCCCGCAGGUUGUCCCCGCGGUCCCGUUCGGCGGCGGUGGCCGCCGCUCUGCUCGUGCUGCUCAUCCAGACGCUGCUGGUGUGGAACUUCAGCAGCCUGGACGGCUCGUCCGGCGGGCGCGGCGGCCGCCACAAGCGAGCCGUCGGCCCGGACAAAGCCGACGGCCAGCCGCCCGGGAUCGGCGCCCGGAGGAGGAGCGAGCCGGCGCCGCCGGAAACGCUCGGAAACGCGGCCGUCAGACACAAACUACGAGCCGAUGUUUACCGCUCCCACCGGCCCAAAGAGAAGCCGCGACCCCCGGAUGGCAACAACAACGAGAAUUCGGUGCCCAAAGACUCGGACGGCGCGGACGGCGGGCGCCCGAGAGAGCCAGCCAAAUGGGCCGAGCGUUUCCCGGAGCAGAGCGGCCGCAACGGCUCCCGCGUCCCCGCCCCGGAGCAGAAGGCGUCGGAGUGCGAGAUGCUGGGCAAGGAGGUGAUCUCGGCGCUGUCGCGAGCCAAAAGUCGCGAGUGUCGUCAGCGGAUAGCCGACGUCUACUGCCGACACCAAGAGGAGAAGCUGAUGCCGCGCCGACUGCCUCGAUACUGCCCCCUGCAAGUGAAAGCGAGCGCGAGCAUCGAAUGGGACGAGGAGCUGGCCCCCGCCCCCGCGACGCCGGUUCGGGUGGCCUUCGUGCUAGUGGUGCACGGGCGGGCCUCGCGUCAGUUCCUUCGCCUCUUCAAGGCUAUUUACCACACGGCACACUUCUACUACAUCCACGUGGACCAGAGGUCCGAUUUUCUUCACCGGGAGGUGACGCCGCUGGCCCGCCGAUACCCUAACGUGCGCGUGACGCCGUGGAGGAUGGCCACCAUCUGGGGCGGCGCCAGCCUGCUUGGCAUGUACUUGCGUGCCAUGGAGGACCUGCUGGACAUGCGCGAUUGGGCCUGGGACUUCUUUGUCAACCUCAGUGGCGCCGACUACCCCAUCAGGACCAACGAUCAGCUGGUGGCCUUCUUGUCCAAACAUCGCCACCUCAACUUCAUCAAGUCUCACGGCCGGGACAACGCUCGCUUCAUCCGCAAGCAGGGUCUGGACCGCCUCUUCCUGGAGUGCGACACGCACAUGUGGCGCCUCGGCGACCGCAAGAUCCCGGAGGGCAUCGCGGUGGACGGCGGCUCCGAUUGGUUCCUGCUCAACCGGGCCUUCGUGGACUACGUGGUGCGGUCGAAAGACGAGCUGGUGUCCGGCCUGAAGCGCUUCUACGCCUUCACGCUGCUUCCCGCCGAGUCCUUCUUCCACACGGUGCUGGAGAACAGCGCCCUCUGCGGCAGCGUGGUGGACAACAACCUGAGGCUGACCAACUGGAACCGGAAGCUGGGUUGCAAAUGUCAGUACAAGCACAUCGUGGAUUGGUGCGGCUGCUCUCCGAACGACUUCAAGCCCGCCGACAUGCCGCGUUUCCAGCAAGCGUCGCGCCCGGCCUUCUUCGCCAGGAAGUUUGAGGCCACCGUGAGCCAGGAAGUCAUCAACCAGCUGGACGCGCAGCUGUUCGGGACGCCGGCGCCGGGCCUGCCCGGCUUGAAUGCCUACUGGGAGAACGUCUACGAUCGCGAGACGGACGCCGCGCCGACGGACGCCGCACUCAGCCACUUUCACGCCUUCGCGCGCAUGGGCCUGGAGCGGGCCACGGUCUCGGCGCGAGGACGCCCCGUCUACGACGCGUGCAGGUACGAGGGGACGGGUCAGCCUCUCUCCGUGCACAUGUACUUCCUGUCGGACCGCUUCCAGGGUUAUCUGGUGCGUCACGUGGCGACCGAACUGGGCUCUGGCAGGUCUGAGACACUGGAGACCUGGGUGACCCCCCGGGACCACUUUAGCCAGGACAAACGCCCCCAUCCGGACAACAGGCUUCUGCACAUCCAGGUGGGUCGCGAGUGGGACGCCAAGGAGCGCCUGUUCGUCACGCGCGGGGGCCUUCUGGGCCCUGAGGACGCCCCGUCGGCGGCGCUGCGCUGGAGGCGGGGAUCCGGCAACUUGACGGCCACCGUGGUGUGGAUCGACCCCACCAAUGUGAUAGCGGCCACAUACGACGUGCGCGUGGACGCCGGCGCCGAGGUCACGCACUACCGCCCCCCGCUGGCCGGGCCCCUGCGCCCCGGCAUCUGGACGCUCAAGGUCCUGGACCGUUGGAGCCCGCUGGGACAGACCGCUUUCCUUAUCGCCCCGCUGCAGUUCCGACGAGGGCGGCCCAUAUCGCCAGAGGAGGCCUCGGUCGUUCAUGGUGGUCCGCCAGGAAAGUCGUACAUGGAGCAGAGCUUCCACGGCUUGAACCCGGUGUUGCGCUUGCCGCUGAGCCUGGGCGCGGUGGAGGAGGCGGAGGCCAACGCCGGCCUGACGGGGGCGCCGCUGCGCCGGUGGCUGGACCGUCUCCUGGCCGGCUUCUGGGCGGCGUCCGACGUCUGUUCGGCCGCGUCCGGCGAACCGGCCUGUCCCGCCCUGCGCCGCUGCCGGCGGAGCGCCUGGAGCUCGUACGGCCCGGACCCCAAAUCCCAAUUGGGACCCCCCCGACACGACGGACGCAUCAGGUAG